AUGUUGCGCCUGCGCGGGGUGGGCGACGGACUCGCUCCCGCCGCCCCGGCGCCUCCGUCGCUCACGCCAUCGCACUUGCGACUGAGUGUGGGGGAGGUCGAGUCGGUCGUGCAGGCCGAGGCAGCCAAGGAGGACAAGGCCUCCCUGCCGGCGGCGUGGCGCGAGCACCGGUACGAGCUCUCCCUCGUGACGAAGGCGGUGGCGGAAGAGGACGUCGCCUCGGCCCCUCGGCCGCCCGACGCGCCUCCGCCGACGCUGCUGCCGCAGGGCCCUCCUCCGGCGGCGGGGGAGGUGCAGCCUCUCGGCGGACCUCGGCGGAGCUGGGCGAAUCUCGGCGAAUCUCGGCGAACUCGGCGAACCUUCUCGUCGAGUCUCGUCGAACCUCGGCGUAGCUCGGCGGAUGAUGUCGACUCACUCCUCCGGCGGCGGGGGAGGCGUGGCGCUGUGCGAGCUGCUACAACUCGCGCUUCAAGACGAUGUGCUUCGGCGAGAACCCCGCGCCCGCCGCCGCCGCUUGCAAGUUCUGCGGCCAGGCGCAGCAGGAGGCCGGCUGGACGGUGUGGAUGCGAUACGCAGACCUGCCCGCGCCGGUCGCGCGGCGGGUGGACCGGGUGGCGGGCCCGAAGGUGCUGGCAGUACUGCGGACGCGCUGGCCGGACGUGUCGCUCUGGGCCGUCGCCGGGGAGGUCGAGGCGGAGGUGGGCACGGCGGCCGCCGCGGGCGUGACGCUGCCGGCGGUCUAG